AUCCGCGGCGGGUUUUGGCCUCUGGGCCGCGUCACCGCCGCGGAGACGCUCGGACUCGGGACUGCGCUGCACCGUGCGCUCCCCGCCCGCAGUGCUGGCUCCGCAAGUCGGGCGCGCGGGCGCAUGGCGCAGAGGCUGGGCGAGCGGGCACGGGGGCCCGCCGAGGCCACGGGGCUCUACCGGGCUGUGCUGCUCAGGUCGGCCUCCAUGUACUCAGAGAUCCAGAGGGAACGGGCAGACAUCGGUGGCCUGAUGGCCCGGCCCGAGUACAGAGAGUGGAACCCGGAGCUCAUCAAGCCCAAGAAGCUGCUGAACCCCGUGAAGGCCUCCCGGAGCCACCAGGAGCUGCACCGAGAGCUGCUCAUGAACCACAGAAGAGGCCUGGGUGUGGACAGCAAGCCCGAGCUGCAGCGCGUCCUGGAGCACCGCAGGCGGAACCAGCUCAUCAAGAAGAAGAAAGAGGAGCUGGAGGCCAAACGGCUGCAGUGUCCCUUUGAGCAGGAGCUGCUGAGACGGCAGCAGAGGCUCAACCAGCUGGAAAAACCACCAGAAAAGGACGAGGACCGCGCCCCCGAAUUCAUUAAAGUCAGGGAAAACCUGCGGAGAAUCGCCCCACCGUGCAGUGAAGAGAGAGUGCUGUAGAGCCGGCGGGUGGCGCUGCAGCCCCCGGGCCACCCCUGGCCCCACCCCUUCCUCCAGCCCUUCGUGUCCGCAGCCCUGGGCCCGGGCUUUGGGACAUCUGUUAUGUUCAUGCUUGCUCCUGUAAAAAUGCGUUGUUCCAGAGGCCCUGCCUAUCCCCUCCCCCCCGCAAAGCUGGGGUCCCUGAGCUCCCAGGAUUUUCCUUCUGAGCGCUCACCCCUCCUACUCCAAGAGGAAAACUCUGGGAAAACUUCCACAGGGCACCUCUCCCUGCAGGAGCGUCUGAGCCCUGCUGAGGCUUUUCCUGCAGAGCAGGGGAGGGACAGGGGCCUCCCGGCCUGACAGCCUCCAUUCUGCCCAGCCCCCUCCCCCGUGGGACCCUGAUUCUCUGGGCAGCUCAACUCACAGGUCUCAGAAUUUCCCUGCAGCCAGGUGUGAGGCUACUAAUCGGAGCAUUUGGGGACACCUGCCUUGAGAGCUAAGCAAGUGUAGCUGUCCUUGGUGAGGAAGGGCAGGGUAGCCUACGGGUGCCCCUGGGGCUCACAUCAAAGCAGGUGGGAAGCAUACUAACCCAGACAGCUUCAGAGUUUGCCAGCA